CAGUAAAGGCGCCGUAUCAGGAUUUGUAUUUUUUGAAGGCCAUGAAAAAUUACGAAACAAUAGACAAAAGCAUUUCAAAAGCAGCUUUGCAGAAGUUUUGCCAGCAUUUGUGGUAUUUGACAGAUGAAGUAUCUAUUCUGGCUUUAUUUGAUGAUGAUGUCGAUCUAGAAACUAAAGUAAGAAUGAUUGCUAACUUAACUAGAGAAAACCCAACAGCCCACAAUAAACGCUACAUUGCAUCGAAAGAAGAACUCUGUGGCCCACUUUUUGAGAGAAACAUUGAUGACUUCGUCUCUGUCAAAAGCAAGUUCCUGUUUAAUCGACUCCAGAUUGCCGACAGUUUUCUGAACAAGUGCCCCUCUUCGUGGUCAAAUGAUGAUUCGUUUCUACAGGCUAAAAAGAAGCUGCUAGGACUGAAAGCAGUUAAUGAUACGGCAGAAAGAGCGGUUAAGUUAAUGCAAGACUUCCAUGGUUUGAUCACUGUUCAAGAGGAGCAAAAGCAAUUUUUAUUACGUUUUAUUUUAUAUUUAUAUAUAUAUUUUUAUUUUAUAUUUAAGUUUUUAGAGUCAAAUGGAAAAAAAUAAAGGGUGUGCAUAUUGAAAUUCCGAAAAAAAAAAUUCCCCCUUGUAGCCUGGGACAC